CAUAACUAUAACACAAAAUAUAAAUCAUCUCACUCAAGACUUCUUGCUUGAGAGGGGAGGGGAUACUCAAAAUUGAGUAGCCAUGGUUCGGUUUUUCUCACAUUUAGUAAGACAGAAUGUCCGUAGAUGUGUUCCCAGCAUCAGAGGGCAGUAUUUGCCUCGCCAAUACCAGCCAAUUCUUCAUAUGAGGUCCCUCCAUGAUGAAGUCCCAUCUGAAGACUUGGAUCGCGAUUCACAUGAAGACCCAUAUGCCCAGCACUCUAAUAAUAACCCAUUGCUAAAAGAAGCACCACAAGGACCAUUGGUAGAGGACACUGAUAUACCGAUAUUUUUUCGGACCAAGACGCAGUCAUCCUUUGAUAAUGCUUUCAGAUUUCCAGCACCUACACCACCAAUGCACUAUGAGCCUGACAAGGUAGUGUAUAUUCAAGGCUUCCUAAGAAAGCGCAAGGACGUAGGCUCCCGCAUGACCUUCUGCGAUGUAGACCUCGGCAGGACAUAUCCCGAAGUUCAGAUCGUGUCUACGUGGGAAGAAGAGGGCUCAUAUCAACAUGUUGCUCAUCAGGACCUGAAGACUAUAUCGCCCCACAGUCCAAUAACUGCCAUGGGAACUCUCAAGAAGUCUGAGAAAACUUCCGGCAGUGAAGACUCAACCAAGCAGAGAUUUGAUCUCAAACUGCGACAUAUAAAGGCGCUGAAUACGUUUCCCAAGGACAUCAUCGUCACCAAAGAUGCCCUAUGGCCACCCAAGUUUCGCCACUUACAACUGCGGUUUGACCCUGACCUUCGAGAUAGAUUACGUUUCCGCAGCAGCAUUCAAUUUGAACUCACGAAGCAAUUGAUGAGUAGAGGUUUUGUCAAUAUCGAAACCCCCCUUCUUUUUAAGUCGACCCCUGAAGGGGCUCGGGAAUUUCUUGUCCCAACCAGACGGCCAGGGUACGCAUACGCUCUUACACAGAGCCCACAGCAGUACAAGCAGAUUCUGAUGGCCGGAGGCAUCGAGAAGUAUUUCCAAUUCGCCAAAUGCUUCCGCGACGAAGACCAUCGUGCCGAUAGACAGCCUGAGUUUACCCAGCUAGAUUUGGAAAUGUCCUUUGCCAGUGGAACGGAUGUAAUAAAUAACGUCUCGAAAGUAAUAGAAAAGCUCUUCAACCACAAUAAGUGUUUUGCAAAGGGGGCAGAUGGCAAGAGCUAUAUAGUCUACUCCGAAAAUGAGGUGGAAUCCCUCAAAGAAAACCCGGCCAGUUUUAGUCGCUUUGGUUUCCAACAUAAUGCAGGCAAUAUGGUCCAUAUGAAGUACAAAGAUGCAAUGGAUCAGUAUGGCACCGACAAGCCGGAUUUGCGUAUUAAAACACCAUGGAUGUCACCUAUUCAUCAAAUAACGUCAGGGCACGGAAGUCUAUUCCACGAAUUCGUCCCCCAGCUCACAACCCUACGUAAUUUCUCUAUAGAGGGUGUGAAGCUUCGCCUAGGCCAAACCCCUGAUGCCGCUAGAAAGUUCAUGAAGAAUUUCAUGAAUAAUCUCCCGAGCACCCUCAAUCUGACGCCCGGGUGCACGCCAGCCGUGUUCGUCUACGACUCCAAGCUGCCUCUUAACGGCUUCUCGGAUCUAGGCGAGGAAGGCGCCUCCGUUAUCGAGAGGAUGAGCUCAAGCACUUGGCCCAAGUGCGUCGACGGCGAUAUCAUCGUGAUGCACGCCCGCAAGACAGGCCGCCACGUUGGCGGCUCCACCGACCUCGGCAGGCUUCGCACGGCCCUUUACGCAGCCGGCGUAAAAACAGGGUUUAUACCCGCGGACCGCAGCCUGCAGUUCCUCUGGGUCCACAGCUUCCCCCUCUUCACCCCCGACGACGGAAAAGACCCGGGCCAGGGCGGCGCCGCCGGCUUCUCCGCCACCCACCAUCCGUUCACCGCGCCCCAGACCGCCAAGGACGUGGACCUCCUCACGAAGGGCAAUCCCCUCGCGGCGCGCGGCGACAGCUACGACCUCGUCGUCAACGGCAUCGAGAUCGGCGGCGGCAGCCGGCGUAUCCACGUCGCCGAGCUGCAGCAGUACAUCAUGAAGGACGUGCUGCAGAUGAGCAACGCGCGCAUCGCCGACUUCGCCCACCUGCUCGAGGCCCUGCGCGCCGGCUGCCCCCCGCACGCCGGCUUCGCCCUCGGCUUCGACCGCCUCGUCACCGUCAUGUUCGACUUGCCGUCCAUCCGCGACGUCAUGGCGUUUCCAAAGACCAACAAGGGCGAGGACGUCAUGGUCGGCAGCCCGUCCAAGGUCACGCCCGAGCAGGAACAGCUCUACCAUAUUGCCCAGCACCCGCGCUUCAAGAAGAAGUCGCAGUCGGCGGGCGGCAAGGCGGAGGCGAAGCAGCAGCCUGAGGCCGAGACGGAGACCAGCAACCCCGCAGCUGAUUCAACAACAGUAGCAUCUCAGGAACCAGCACCUACGCCCGAAGAAAAUCCAGAAGAAACCAAAAUACUAGAGCAGCCCACGGAAGAGGAGGAAGCGGCUAAAGUCAAGUGAUGGAAGGCACAGCGCGAUGUCGAUUUCCCCGGAAGUCGAUGAGCUGUUGGAGAAGCAGGCUGCGCAGUUUAGGAAUCGGGGGAGGGAGUAGGUACUGAUACUGAUACUGAUACUGAAGAGAUCGGUGCGCUGGGAGGGGAGG